AUGGAUGCAGAAAUGAUGGCGGCCAUGGGCUUCAGUGGCUUCGGAAAAGCCCAGAAGAAGAGGGAAUUGGACCCAAAGCGGUUUGACAAGACAAAACGGGCAGAGGACCACCUGUCUGUGCCGGCCACAACGGUUGCUUCGACUCGCAAUAACGUCGAGGAGCCGACACACGACCCUGGGGAGGAUAGUGACGACGACGUGGGGCCUCCGCCUCUUCCUUCAGGAGCGAAUGCAGAGCCUGAAUACGAUCCUGACGAAUUCGACGGCCCGGACGUCGGCGACGACAACUCUGACCUGCCUCAGUUCCCAACGACGCACGAGCUCGUGCUCAAAGAUCACACCAAGGUCAUCUCCGCACUGACACUAGAUCCAAGCGGCGCAAGGGUGGUGAGCGGGAGCCACGACUACGAUUGCAAGCUUUGGGACUUUGGUGGGAUGGACCAUAGGUGCAAACCGUUCAAGACUUGGGAACCUUCGGGGUCAUACUAUAUAAAUGAUAUCAAGUACUCGAACGACGGCCACCAAUUCCUGGUCGUAUCCGCAACUCUCCAACCUAAACUCUACGACCGCGAUGGAGAAGAACUGGCCACAUUUAUUAAGGGUGAUCCAUAUAUCCGGGAUAUGAAGAACACUGCAGGGCACGUCGCGGAGGUUACAAGCUGUGCGUGGCAUCCAAAGGACUCGAACACGUUCAUCACGAGCUCUGCGGAUUCCACCAUCCGGAUAUGGGACGUUGAGAACAAGCGCAAGCAGAAGACGGUCAUCGUCGUCAAGUCAAAGGAACGAGGCGCGAGGACGAAGGUUAUGUCAUGCGCGUACUCGCCGGAAGGGAACAUGAUCGCUGGAGCUUGCUUGGACGGUGCACUGCACUUGUGGAACACGAGUUCGAACUUCGUCAGGCCGAACCUGAGCAUCGAGGGUGCGCACACGAAGAAUACAGAGCCCGGAUCAGUGGUGUUCUCCGUGGAUGGCAGGACGAUCCUAACAAGAGGCGGGGACGAUACCGUCAAGUUAUGGGAUGUCCGAGCAUUCAAAAAGCCACUCGCUGUUCGGGACAAUCUGCCUAAUCUAUACCAGACUACAAACGCGAUAUUCAGCCCCGACGAUAAGCAUGUCCUUACGGGAGCCGGCGCCACCUCUAAGGGUGGGCAGGGCAAGCUCGUGUUCCUGACGAAGGAUGGGCUGGAGCCCGUAAAGGAGCUCUUGGUGGGCACGACGCCCGUGCGUGUGGUAUGGCACCCGAAGAUCAAUCAGAUCGUCACGGGCAUGGCCAACGGACAGAUAUGCGUCCUCUACUCGCCCCAGACGUCGUUGAAUGGCGCAAAACUGCCGAUGAGCAAGGGCCCGGCGAAGAAGGCGACGAUCGAGGACAUGUCAUACGCGCUCGCGGCGCCGAACAUCAUCACGCCGCACGCCCUGCCUAUGUUCCGGGAGGGCGAGGGCAUCGCGCGUGGCACGAAGCGCAAGCUGGAGAAGGCGAGGAUGGACCCGCGGAAGAGCAGACGGCCGGAGCUGCCUGUCACGGGCCCGGGGCGGGGUGGACGCGUCGGCGCGAGCGCGACGCAACACGUCGUGCAGAACCUCGUACGGGAUACGACGCGGGACGAAGACGUGCGUCAUGCUCAACUUUCUCUGUUUGGCGGGCGGGAGAGGCGUGGCCUGGCCGCGCGUGGCUCCCGAGCGGGUCAAUUUUCCAGAUCAGACACAUCAGCGCGCCUGUCUUGGGCGUCGUCAUGGUGUCCCGCUCGCCGCGUCAUUUUCGUUCAUGGCGCGCUGUUGGAUGAGCCCCUCGCUAAUCUCUUUGUCCGUUUCUUUGUCUGCAGCCGCGCGAGGCCCUGCUCAAGUACGCGACAAGCGAUCCGCAGUGGACGAAAGGUGCGUCCGCGUUUUGUCUCAUUCGGCCGGAAGCGGCGUGGCCGUGGCCGCUGCCGGGGCGUGUGA